AUGGCUGACGACGAACAAUACUCGAUCUACGACGAGGUCGAGAUUGAGGACAUGACCUUUGACGAGACGCUGCAAAUCUACCACUACCCCUGCCCUUGCGGCGACCGAUUCGAGAUAUCGCUGGCCGAUUUGCGCGACGGCCAGGAUAUAGGUGUGUGCCCAAGCUGUAGCUUGAUGAUCAAGGUCAUCUUUGAAAUGGAGGAUCUGCCAAAGCCGCCCGAGACCGAGCAAGAGACUGCGCAAGUGGCUAUCGCUGCUUGA